UCCAAUCAGCCCCCGCUUACUAUGAGCAACUUGUUCUUCGGCUCGCAACUAUCCUGACCAGUAAAUUCGGACCACGUGUGAUUUCGAUCGCCGUCACGUUUGUUAUAUUCCAUACUUCCGAUCCCAGAGCCCUAUAUGCGAAGGCAUACUGGCUGUCCAAAUACAAAUAGUGAAUGCCAGAGCUGUCCAAACCCAAAACCCAAGCAAGAUUUUUCGCAUUCUUGGAGGCCUUACAAAUGAUGACGACCCCCGACCGGAACAAAUAGUUGAAGCACUAGUAGUAAUAGAAGCACAGAGCUAUUUUGCCGACUGCUAAAGCUUUGAAGGCUUGCCGAUACAACAAUGGAACGGUAUGAUAUAAUCAAAGAUAUUGGGUCAGGGAACUUUGGCGUGGCAAAGCUGGUGAGAGAGAAACGUAGUGGUGACUUAUAUGCUAUCAAGUUUAUUGAGCGAGGCACAAAGAUUGAUGAGCAUGUGCAAAGGGAGAUCAUAAACCAUAGGUCCUUGAAGCAUCCCAAUAUCAUUAGAUUCAAAGAGGUGUUGCUCACUCCGACCCAUCUUGCCAUAGUGAUGGAAUAUGCCGCUGGAGGAGAACUCUUUGAAAGAAUAUGCAAUGCGGGCAGAUUCAGCGAAGAUGAGGCAAGGUAUUUCUUUCAGCAGUUGAUUUCUGGAGUCAGCUAUUGUCAUUCAAUGGAAAUUUGCCACAGAGAUCUUAAGCUAGAAAACACACUCUUAGAUGGAAGCGCUGCACCAAGGCUCAAAGUUUGCGACUUUGGCUACUCAAAGUCAUCUGUUCUGCACUCUCAGCCCAAAUCUACUGUAGGAACCCCUGCUUAUAUUGCGCCAGAGGUUUUGUCACGAAGAGAAUAUGAUGGAAAGGUUGCAGAUGUUUGGUCUUGUGGCGUGACCUUGUAUGUCAUGCUGGUUGGUGCUUAUCCUUUUGAAGAUCAUGAAGAUCCUAAGAACUUCAGAAAAACACUUCAGAGAAUUCUCAGCGUCCACUAUUCUGUACCGGACUAUGUUCGUAUUUCAAAAGAGUGUAAACACCUUCUAUCUAGAAUAUUUGUGGCCGACCCGGAGAAGAGAAUUACGAUCCCAGAAAUUAAAAUGCACCCGUGGUUCCUGAAGAACUUGCCGCUAGAAUUCAUGGACGAAGGAAGACAAAGUGGGGUGCGGGAAGAUGAAGUGAACGAUUCGUGCGAGUGGCAGAGCAUCGAAGAAAUAUCGAGUAUAAUCCAAAACGCUCGAAAAGCAGGGGAUCAAGGCCAAAAAGUUGGUGGGCAGUUUGUUGGGAUUGGAAGCAUGGAUCUUGAUGAGAUGGAUACUGAUGCUGACAUCGAUGAUUUCGAGACAAGCGGUGAUUUUGUCUGUGCUUUGUGAGUACUGCUUCCUUCCUGCUUUGCACUCUCAAAAAGCAUUACUCGUUCUUUUCAUUCCCUCUAUAGGAUAAACAGUCCAAAGGGUUUCUUCAAUGCCUUCUCAAUUCUGGCUUCGUGUAAUUGGAACUUCUCCUACAAAAAACGAGAUGUAUGGGUUUCAUACUUCGUGCAAUACGCAAAAAUGUAAUGGCGACACAUAAAGUAUUAAGAUUAAAUA